CAAUGAAACUUUUUAUGGAAGAAACUGUGAUCAACACUGCUCGAUAGAAUGUAUUGAACAAAGAUGUAACAUCAAAAAUGGAACAUGCUUAAGUUGCCCGCGUGGAUGGAUAGGAAAGGCAUGCGAAGAAAAGUGUCCAAGAGGAUGGUAUGGGGUUGGUUGUAGACAACAGUGUGUAACCCAUUGUAUAAAUAAUGAGGUGUGCAAUCAUAUGACCGGUCGUUGUGACAAUGGGUGUGCUGAUGGAUGGAUCGGAAUUUAUUGUGAAAAAUCAUGUAUAUAUGGAAGCUAUGGCCCUGGUUGUGCAUAUAACUGCAGUGGUCACUGUCUUAAUGAUACCUUCUGUAACAAACAAACUGGACACUGUGACGCAGGGUGCGAACCGGGCUAUACAGGAAAUUUAUGUAACAAAGAAUGCAUUUCUGGACUUUUUGGACCAAACUGUACGGAACACUGCAGCCAGAACUGUAGGAAUGAUGAGAUCUGUAACCACAUAGACGGAGUAUGUACAAAUGGAUGCAAGAAUGGAUAUAUUGGAGAGAAAUGUAACCAAACCUGUGACCAUGGAUAUUUUGGAAAUAAUUGUUCUGGUGUUUGCUCUCAGAAAUGCAUCAGUCUAUGCGAGCUCAAAGACGGAUUUUGUGACUGUGUCCAUGGUUGGAAAGGCUCAAAUUGCAGUGAAAAAUGUCCUUUUGGAAACUACGGAAUAAAUUGUGAGGGGAAAUGUAGUUUACACUGUGGAUUUAACGACUCGUGCGAUAUAUACGAGGGAACUUGUCCACGGGGAUGUCAAGAACCCUACACAGGAUCAAACUGCUCACAGCUGCCAAGUGACCUCCUUCAUCCGAUAUCUACCAGAGAUUCCAUUCUUCCCAUUCCCAUGCCCUGGUUUCUAGGAAUCACUCUGUCGGGAGUGCUUAAUUUGUGUCUUAUGCUAGGAAUAUGUGUUAUAAACUGCAGGGCGUGCUCAAGGAAAAAGUGUAACACUGUUUCUUCUCAGAACACCCAAAGUUCCAGUUAUAUUAGCAAUGAAAGAGGAAUCUCUUCGUAUGAUAUACACCACUAUCAAGAAUUAAGAAAUUCCAAAGACGGAAUCCAUUAUCAAGAAAUUACUUCAAUUUGAACUGUACUACAAUUAUCAUAAUAUUUUAUCGUCUCAUCAUACUAACUUUUACCUUAAACAUGUCACUAAGAUAUAUGAA